AUGGCCCCUCAGACUAGACGUUCCAUGGGCCUCAACAAGGCCGCUGCCAACACCAAUACUGGCAUGCCUGCAGCAGAUGCAACAUCGCAAUUCGCUCUUGUUGCCAGCCCUGCCUCUGUCCCUCCCAAGCGUGGUCGUGGAAGACUGGCCAAGACCUCCAUCAUUGGCUCCAUUGACUCUGCGUCUUCUGCGCCGACUCCCACUACCACAGUCUCUGACAGCGAAUACUCUACUCCGGCCACUAGCAAUGCCGUGACUCCAGCCCCUUCGACUGACGCCUCUACGAAACCUGCCAGCUCACGCUCGCGCGCUACUUCGACCCGUCGUGCUCACCUGGUUGUUGAGCUCCCCGACAUUGUCCAAUAUGCGGCUGGCGCUCAGCCCAAAGCCCAAGAGUUUGGUAUUGUAGCAUCAUCCACUAGCAAGAGACCCCGACGUGGACCCAUCUCGUAUGCCGAGGACUCAGAUGAGGACGAUGAACUUUUUGGCCAUGACCAGUCUGCUAGCGCAGUCCUGGCUCGCAAGCUCCAGCGCGAGGAGGAUAACUGGCAAGUAACACCGUCGUUUACUUCCAGAUUGCCUGCGCGACGAACUACCAGAACUGCUUCUUCGCCUGUUGAUCUGUCCCGGGAUGACUCAGAAGAUGAUGUACUGUCUACAAGUCGUCCAUCCAAGCGCAAGGCUCGUCCGUCCAAGCGCAAGGCUUUGGAAGCUAGCACAAUCAAUGCUAUCCACACCGACAGCGAUCCCGAGAAGGAUGAUGAUGAGCCUCUUUCCAGCACUGCUCCAGCCCGCAAGAAGCUUAAGAAGAGUGAAGAGGGUUUGAUUGCUCGUGAACUCGCGGCCCUCCCGGAUCUCCGAGCAGAACUUCAGUCACUGACCAGCCAAGACUCCGAUGCCGACUUCGCCAACGUUGAAGUAACAGAUGACGACGACGACGAGGUUGAGCUGAGUGGAGAUGGCCAUCAAGACCCCAAUCAAGACGUCCCUGAGGACGGCGACAAUGAUAGUGAUGUUCAGCUCCAGCUCGGCCCCGGUCGUGCCAACCUGACUCGCGGCGCCAGGAAGGCCAGAGAGAGGCUGGAAUUUAAUCACCCAGAACUUAAAUCCAUGUGGAUUAACCUCAAGAAGAGGCCAGUCCUCAAGGCUGGUAAGGCGGAGCAGCCAACUACCAUAUCCCGCCUGUUGAAGCCUUUUCAGCUCGAAGGUCUGGCAUGGAUGAAAGCCAUGGAAGGAAUGGACUGGAAAGGCGGCCUCCUUGGAGAUGAAAUGGGUCUGGGAAAGACUAUUCAAGCCGUCUCCCUAAUUAUGUCUGAUUAUCCCGCCAAGGUCCCUUCUCUUGUCCUUGUCCCACCGGUCGCUCUGAUGCAGUGGACAGCCGAGAUCGGGUCUUAUACUGGCGGAACACUGAAGACCCUGGUCUACCAUGGUACCAACACCAAGGCCAAGCAUCUAUCACUCAAGGAACUCAAGAAGUUCGACGUCAUUCUCAUGUCCUACAACAGUCUGGAGGCCAUGUACCGCCGGCAGGAGAAAGGCCUCAAGCGCAAGGAUGGCAUGUACAAGGAGAAGAGUGUCAUGCAUCAGAUCAAGUUCCACCGCGUUAUUCUCGACGAGGCUCAUUACAUCAAGACUAGGGGCACCAUGACAGCCAAAGCCUGCUUUGCUCUCAAGGCAGACUACCGCUGGUGCUUGAGUGGAACGCCCCUGCAGAACCGAAUUGGCGAGUUCUUCUCGCUGAUCCGAUUUCUUAACGUUGCGCCAUUCGCUUCUUACUUCUGCAAGCAAUGUGACUGUUCUAGCCUCGAAUGGAGCAUGAACGAUGUGGGCAGUUGCACACACUGCAACCAUUAUGCUAUGGGACAUAUAUCAGUCUUCAACCAGGAGCUUCUGAACCCCAUUCAGAAAUACGGCAACAGUGGUGCGGGCAAAAAUGCGUUCAAGAAACUCCGGCUCUUAACUGACCGAAUCAUGUUGCGUCGGCUAAAGAAGGACCAUACCGACUCGAUGGAGCUCCCGGUCAAGGAGAUCUACGUCGACCGUCAGUUCUUUGGAGAAGAAGAGAAUGACUUCGCCCACAGUAUCAUGAGCAAUGGUCAGCGAAAGUUCGACACCUACGUGGCCCAGGGUGUUCUCCUCAACAACUACGCCAACAUCUUUGGUCUCAUCAUGCAGAUGCGUCAGGUAGCCGACCAUCCGGAUCUGAUUCUCAGGAAGUCGGGCGAGGGCGGGCAAAACGUACUGGUAUGCUGCAUUUGUGACGAACCCGCUGAGCAAGCGAUUCGGUCCAAGUGCAAGCACGAGUUCUGCCGGCCUUGUGCAAAGAGCUACGUGAACUCGCAAGGCCAGCCGGAUUGCCCUCAGUGCCACAUUCCACUGUCGAUUGACCUUGAACAGCCGGAUAUUGAACAAGAUGAGGCCAUGGUCAAGAAGUCGUCGAUUAUCAACCGCAUCAAGAUGGAGAACUGGACUUCUUCAUCAAAGAUCGAGCUGCUUGUGCAUGAAUUGCACAAGCUGCGCUCAGACAAUGCCUCGCACAAGUCGAUCAUCUUCUCGCAGUUCACCACCAUGCUUCAGUUGAUUGAAUGGCGGCUCCGACGAGCGGGUAUCACGACGGUCAUGCUCGACGGUACCAUGACACCAGCGCAAAGACAGGCGUCGAUCAACCAUUUCAUGACCAAUGUCGAUGUUGAGUGUUUCUUGGUUUCUUUGAAGGCUGGCGGUGUGGCACUGAACCUGACUGAGGCGUCUCGCGUCUUCAUUGUUGAUCCGUGGUGGAACCCGGCCGCAGAGUGGCAGUCGGCUGACCGAUGUCAUCGAAUCGGCCAAACCCGCCCUUGCACUAUCACCCGUCUUUGCAUUGAAGACUCGGUGGAGAGCCGUAUGGUGCUUCUCCAGGAGAAGAAGACGAGCAUGAUCCACUCGACCAUCAACUCAGACGACGCUGCCAUGGACUCUCUCUCCACCGAGGAUCUCCAGUUCCUGUUUAGAGGAAACUGA